UUUUCAGUUCCGUUGCGGAUUGCUCGAGCCUGCAGCAGCAGAAGCAGCAGCGCCUCAGUAUUUGGAAGCUUUACUUCCUACGUUUUCCUUCGUAGCUUGGGCCCUUGCAAACCCGACGAUGAUUCUGAGGCUACCACUUCUACUGAGCGUCAUCGCCGGCGCACUGGCCACUCCAGACGGCGUCUCCUACGCUUUCACCGGCUACAGCAAUGUCCUCGGAGGUGGACUUGCCGUUCCUGGAGCAUCAAACUACGAGCCCCUUCAGACAGCGGCCGCGGAGCCCCUCCAGCAAAAGGUGGCCACCGGAAGAACCGCUUCUUCAGUCACCGUCAUCGAGAAGCCGUCCAAGCUCCGGCUAGCCCGCCCACCAGCGGUGACCGUACUGCCGAACGCGGCCGCCCCAGGCACCCAACCAGCAGGGGCCGCACCCGGCACGGCGACAUUCACUACCUACCCAGCCGGCGUGCCACCCGUCACCUUCCAGCGACCGCUCAUCUACGCCGCUCCGCCGCCGGCGGUGCAGUACGUCGCCACUGCUCCUCAGCACCAGAUCUUCUUCUCCCAGCCGGGCGUCGGCGUAGCGGCCCAAACUCCAGCGACAGCCACCAAAACAGCGGCAACCGCUUCGGCAGCAGGGGCAGGCUCCGCAGCUGCCAAGGCCAAUACAGUGACCGUGACUUCAAACGGAGCCGCCGUCGGCGCUACAGUUGGCUCGGCCGGUGCCGCAGUAGUCACCUCCAACAAGCCUACGGCCGUCACAGUCUCCCGACCGGUGGCCGUCACCUACCCGCCGGCGCAGACGUACCUGUUCCAGAGACCAGCGUACGCCUAUCAGGGAGCCGCGGCGGCCCCCGUUCAAGCUCCGGUCCAGCUGACCUACAUGAGGCCCCUGUACCAGCCCGCCGCGUACGGUCUCCAACCAGCAGUGCCCGCCCCCGCCGUCAACCCUGUCUACCAGAGGCCACUGGUUGCCUACCAACCCGGCGCACCGGCCGCUCCUCUGACCGUUGCCUACCCGGGUGCGCUGAGGACCCUGACGGGAGCGCCGGCCAUGUACGCGGCUCCUCACGUCGCAAUGCCUCUGGCGGCCGCCGCUCCUUUUGUCUCGGCGGUUCCCGCAGCAGCUGGACCGGUCGCGGCCAUGCCACAUUACUCGUUCGCCAGGCAGGUGAUCGCGCCCUUCCCGGGGAGCGUGGCCGUAGCCAGACCUCAGCUAGGGUAUCAGACCGCGGCGUACGCGCAACCGGCUUAUGGAAUGGCCUUCGCCUACGCGCCGGCUGCCGUCCAGCCGGCGCAGUUCUUUAGGCAAGCAAAGUCCAAGAAGUAAGUCAGUGGUUGCGUGUAAGACUGCGUGGAGCCGGGAGGGACUGGCGAGAGUGUAUGCUUUUUUUGGAAGUUUGAGGGAUGGGUCCGCGGAAGGACACUAGUGCGACCGCGAAGUGUCACGCCGCGUGCUGAAAGCAAGCCUUGCUUUGAAAGGGUUUUGAAGUGAGAGCUAAAGGAGGACCGCUGUACAGUCGCGUAGUGGAAAAGGCAGUCGCAACACGGAGUCUUAUGGUGUGGUGCGUUUGAGAUCGAUCCAGUCGACUACUGAGCCGGGAGCGGACGCAUUUCGAAGGAAUCCGCAUGUACAGCUUAUCGCGCUCCAAGCGACUUCGAACCAGUUCACGCACCUAUUCAUUGUCCGUGGUCCGUCUUAGUGGCGAAGCGCUGUAUGUAGUUGCUGGCUUUCAAUAUGCCGGGUCGCAUGAUGCAGCUCUCACACGCAUUGUCGUUCAGAUGAAGUUCGCCUGGCGUUUGAAGAAGGUGGCGUCGGCGUUGGGAGGCGCAUACAACAGUGGUAAAGAAGCAUGUACAUUUUCGCGAUAAAGCCCUAAAUGUAGAAGACAGGAACUUGUGGUAAAAAUUGGCCUCACAUCAUUGUGACUCAAGGUUUUUCGGCCGUCGUGUCCUCGCUAGCCACUGAACGUGUACAUCUUGAAUGAAGGAGCAAGAUUACGUAUUAAAGAAUGUAGUGUAAAGUCAAUUAAUGUCUCUUGCUCCUCUAGGUCUCGUUGUGCUCCGUGGUGUGUUGCUCAUCUGCCAACCUAAGCAUUGCGUACGCCGAAUUUUCUUCAUCUCGGUGCGCGCAGGGUUCCAUGUAUCACCCUUUUCUGGAUUCAACUUCAGAUUCUUCUGUUCUGUACGGGUAGGACAUGCAUUGAGAGCGUUAUCUGCAUUUCGUUGCCGGGAGAAGGUCGACUAUGAGCGAAGAAAGCAAGAAAUCUGACUUUUCGAAUUUCAGGCUCUAACUCGCCCACUAGCCCAAUUACGUCAGUGGGACGUCACAAAUCUCGCGACAGUUUCAUUUACAUCGACCGAUUUCGCGCCGGGGUAAAUUUCCAAAAGCUCCCAGGCUAAGCGUCAGCUUUCUCCUCGAUAAUAAUGCUAACAAAAUUCGGUGACGCCGAACAGGCGUCACUGAAUCAGCACCGAAUAGAGGCUGUUGGAAUUCGUGACGUCACCGAGAGGCUGAUGCGGCAACACUGAGGUGGCUUCGCCACUCGUCUCACGUGCAGCCGCUUUGUCUGUCUUGCCAAGCCUGCCUUCCCGUAAGGCUGACGCAGUUGCCACACGAGUUACGUGUUGAUCUAGCUUACCUUAUAUGUCUUUCCGCGAAUCGCUUCCGGAGCUCUUGGGUUGUGCUAAGAAGUGUUCACAGGAAGCACUCAAACCGCACUUAAAAAAAAAAAAGAACAGGCCCUAACACGGAUAACCAUGCUUUGCUAUUACAUAUAGGAGCAAGCUAAGACUCGUUCGUAGUAAAUCCUAUUUGCUGCUUGCAUAGCCUUUGUAGCGCUGACAAAUCGCUCAGGAACGACAAGUGGAAGGUGCCGUAAAUAUCUGUUUCACGUUCAUUUGCACUACGUGCGGAUUACCAACAGGGACCACGCAAGUUUUUUUUUUCUAUCGCAUCACACGUGUUUCUUGAGCGCCAUCGAAACAGUCUCGUCGAGAAGAGACAGGAUAAAUGACUUCGCCAAAGGACGCUUGCCUUAGAGAGCUCAUUGUUUUAUUGUCCUUCUGCCCCUCAUCUUCUAUGUCUCCUAUAUGCCUUGCGAACAAUGUGAGAUAAGGUAUUCGCUACAAGUAGGCGCACGUGGGACACUGACUACUAAAAACACAUGUCGUACGUGCUCGAGGAGUUUGUUUCUGCAAAUGGGCCUCAGUAUUUUUUACGUGUAUCCCAUGCUUUCAUAUUUAUUCCUUCAGCCGGAUACAACGUUGUGUAUUGUAUGAAGGUGCCUUUCCUGUGCAAAGAGUUUCAAUAAAUGUAUGAAAGUGCCAA